AUGGAAAAGGAACAACAAGAGAAAGAACAACAGAUGAGAAAAUUAGCAGCUGAACUUGAACUCACCAAGCAGCGAACAGAGGAAGCAAGAAAAGUAGCUGAGCUCAAUAAGUCACGGGCAGAAAAUGCGGAACGACAACUAGUCAAAGAUUGUGAUACUGUAAAGGAUUUUCUUACGAAACAUAAUUUUACAACCGGAUCGCCUGAGGGAGUACCAGUUGAAACAAUAACCCGAUCACCCAUCAAGUUGAAAGGAGUCGACCUUCCAAAGUUUUCUGGAGAGGAUAAAACCAAUUAUGAGCCCUGGAAGGCAGCAUUUAUGGCAAUGGUUGAUGUGCAGAACAUUCCAGUUGGUGAAAAAAUUCUCAGGUUACAAAGCUGUUUAGCUGGUAAAGCACUGACCUUGGUGAAAGAUUUGGGAUAUUCAAGCGCUGCAUACGAACGAGCAAAGUCGAAGUUAGAGAAGAGGUAUGGGGGAGAGAGACGAGAACAAAUAAAGCAGCUUAAAACUUUGCGUAAUUGGCCUAAGGUUCGGUCCCACAAUUUACAAGACUUGGAAGAAUUUCAAGCCCUACUAGAGAGAAUUUUGAUCACUAUCAACAAUUGUGGAUCCUUACAAGAUCAAAGCCUGAACUUAUCAGCAAAAGAAAAGCUAACCGAACGGGAUGUUGAAGCGUAUAAAUACUGCUUGAUAGACUAUGCUCGAGAAGAUUGCUUUGAAUCGCUGGUAGACUUGGUGGAACUCCGAGUGCAAGUCCUUGGGGAAGCGAGAGAGGAGACUGAAGGAUUUGGUAAGAAGAAUGAGGAACGGGGUAACAAGAAUCGUGAUGAACGACCGCGUUUCCGAGGAUUCAACACACGAUUUUCAACCAGACAUUGUAUUGUUAGCACAUGCAAACAAGACCAUCCACCAUGGGUUUGUGAUGCUUUCAAGAGACUCCCUGUACAGAAGAGAAAGGAAUUAAUUUCAAAAAGCAGCCGUUGUUAUCGGUGCCUGGCAGCUGGGCAUCACAGCAAAGAUUGUCGUAAAGCACGAAAAUGCGGAGUUGACGGAUGCCAGAGCAACAACCAUAGCAGUUAUCUUCAUGAAAGCACCCUACAGAAUGGAAACACAAAUGCUAGACAGCAGUUAGAACCAUAUGCGCCAACCUUCUAUCCAAGACAGCCACCAGCUCAAGAAGCAAGAACCGAACAGUCUGGUAGAAUGGACAUCAAUAACCAACUGAGAGACGAAUCAUCCACGCAAGAGAGAACUCACAAAACGA